AUUUCCAAAUGGUGCAACGGCCAGAGGAUUCCGGGAAAGCCUCAGAUCCGCCUUACACCCAAGCGACAGCGGCAGCAAACCAUGCAUAUCCCGCCAAUCGCCAGUUCCACCGUCGAAACUUAUGUUACACGGCACCCGAGACCGAGCUGUAGCCCCGAACAACGUUUACAGCGACGUGCUGUUGAGCCAAGUACGACACCUUCACGCCUAGCUGAGGAAGAGAAAGCCGACGUCAUCUACCUCGGCACCUUUCCACGCCAGCCGUAUCACAACACCGCCGUUUCUGAUUUCCGAUGCCCUGCCAUCGACUCGAAUCGGCCUUUGGAUAUAACUCCACGACGCAACACCCGCAAGAAGAAAGGCAGGCGGGCAGCUCAGUCCCCCCAUAAGCAAACGGAUGCGCGGACGACACAGUGCAAGGGAGCCACACCAUCACGCCAACCGACGAUACCCACGGCGAUAAGGAACCAGAACGUCUGGUUAGGUCGGGCAAGAGACUCGACUAGUCAGGUCUAUGGUUUCUUCGAUAGCGCGGGCCGUUUCUGCCGCAGGGUAGAUGUUGAGCGUUUCGGCAGGGCGACGGAACACUGGUCGAGUUUCGCUCACAUCCCUCACGACCAAGUCGCAUACCGCCCUAUUUUUCAGCAAAUGACGUAUCCGCAAGUCCGAGCCGAGGUUUGUCGUCGGUUAGUCACAAAGUUUGGAGGGUCCCUAUGUGAUGGAGAGAUUUAGCUUGCCAGGCGAGAGCAUUGCAAAUAUUUGAUGCAAACCUAGCGGACUCUAUCACACAUGGGCCUAAGAGCAGUAGUGCUAAAUGAGUGGUGCACGAUACGUUCUUCGCCAAGCUGGCGCAGCGCGUAGUCCGAGCUGCUCUCAAUUGGGUGGUCUUAAAUGAUCUUUGGCCGCAUUUGAUAUGCCAUGUUAGCUUGUCUCGUUCGUCUUUUAUCAUUGUUUGUGAUGUGCGAUUGAACGAAAGAGCCGCGUCUUGCGGACUGCAAGGCAGCAAUCCAGAGGCGCACCGGUCGCACCUCAGCACUCCGCGUUGGUUAGCCCUGCUACAGAUCAGCGUCGGC